AUGCCACCUACGCCCGAUGCUUUGCUUGCCCAGGGCGCCGGCCCCUCCGCUUACCCCUAUGGCGAGGAGUGGAUGAAGCACCUGCUCGACGACCUCCCGGAGGGGGCGCUUGGCGCACCAGCCCCGCUGGAUGAAGAAGUCCCGCUGCACGCGGACUCCUGGUGGGAGCGGCAGGGGCGAUUCUGGAGCCUUGUGAGGUGUUGCUACCAUGCCCUACUGCUCGUUGUCUCUGUGGUUUCCAGCGUGCUCACGGUGUGCUGGCUUCUGCCGCCGCACUUAGACUUGGAAAACCUGCCGCCCGUCUACAACAUCACCUGUUCGAAGGAGGGUGUCUUGGGCUACGUGCAGGAGCACAAUCUUAGCACACACUGGGCCCUGACAAAGCGAAAGUCUGGAUUUGUGGCGGCGGGAUCAGACUAUUGGCUCCCCUUGUGCUCCUCGAUGACCUUCGGAUGCCAGCUGGGGUACAGAGGGCGUCCUCAGAUCUCUUGCACCGCACAAGGAACCUACGAUGUGCAGGGGAUGUGCGAGCUCGUCGGAUGCGGAGCACCGCAGAAGGUGGAGCAUGCCAUUCCGGUGAUUGAGGAGCAGCAGGCGAAGAAGGGCUGGACGACGGGCAUGACAGUGAGAUACAGCUGCGACCGAGGAUAUGCUGGCCAAGCGUUUGCCACUUGUGGCAACGACGGUGCCUGGAAGUUCGACGCCAGCCAAAGGUGUUCCCUCGUAGGCUGCGGCGCCCUUGAGGAAUUUCUUCAGUCUUUCGAUUGGGGAGAUUCUGAUGACUGGCGGGAAGCCAUGACCAUGACCGGCAGCCACGACCUCGACCGGAGCUACGUGGGCGAAACUGUUCAUUUCACAUGCUCGCCUGGCUAUCGCGGCCGGCCGGUCGCUUUGUGCCACGAAGGAGGGCGCUGGAGCAUGUCUGACGGCUGCGAGCAGUUUCAGACCUCCCUGAAGUGCCGCUGCAAGCCGCAUUGGGUCAGGUGUGAUGGCUGGCUCGGGACAGACUGCAAGGAGUGGUAUGGCUGCAAGGCCAACACUGAAGCCUACGAUUGGUGCGAGGCAGGGGUUCUUGCGUUCAGAGUCAAAGAGGAGUCAAAGAGGUAUUGGUCGCUGCUCACAACUUUCGCCCAGGCGUAG